AGGCGCCAUUUUCAUCUCCAUCUAUGUCUCUCUCUCUGUCUUUCUCUCUCUACAUGUGUACCUUGCUUCAUUUCACAUAAACCCUUUUCAGUUUUUUCUCUCUCUCUUCUGCUUAGGAACAAGCCUCUUUUUCUCGUUAUCUUAUGAUCAAAAGCCGGUGACUUUUUCCAAACCCAUUGUUUCCUCCGCUCUUUUCUUCCAAAGUUUGUACCUUUCUAGGUUUUUCAUGAACUCUCGACCCAAAACAGAACCUGGGUCACCGUCUGUGGCAUCGAGCAGCCAUGGAAACUUUGAGGAGAAGAGCAUUACUGAACUCAUCUCAGUAUUGCGUGCUGCGUAUCUUGUGGAUGAUUUUGACAGAGUCGAAAAGGUUUUGGUGGCUAGGGAUGAGAGACUCAGAGAUGAGAUUGGGCCACUCCUACAUAAGAUUGAGAUGGAGAGGCUGGAGAGGAUUCAAGUUCAAGAAGAACUGAUGAAGAGAGAGGAACUGUGUGAGAGGGGCAAGAAAGUGCAGGAGAGUUAUGAAACAUUGCUGAAGGAAGUGAAGACAAAUGGAUUGGUUGAUAAAAAAACUAUUGAAGAGCUAAAGAAUAAGAACCUUGAAUUAGAGUGUGAAAAUUCCAAGCUGAAGGAGUUGAAGACAAAAUGGGUGGAAGAUAGCAAUGCUUUGCAUAAGCUUAGGAUCAGAGUCCGUGAGUUGGAGGAUGAGAAGCUAGAUGACAAGAAUGUUUUGGCUGCACUUAAGAUAAAAAACAAUGAAUUGGAAGGAGUGAAGAAGAAUUUGGCAACCCUUGAAGAGUUGAGAACUGAAAACCACAAAUUAGAAGAUGAGAAGCUUAGGCUUAAGGCAUUGGUUGAGUCUUUGGUGAGGAAAUUUGGUGAACUGAAUCGUAGGGUUGUGAGAUUGGAGGUUGAUACAAAGCUUUUAAUGAGUGCAGAUGCCUCUAGUCGUGGAAACAAUAAGGGGGAGCCUCCAGCUGAUCCUAAGGUUACUUUUCAAGUCAUAGAUAAAGAGGAUGAAGAGUUGAAUGAAAUGGAUGUUAAUGGCUACGAGUUUGGAAUUGACACUGGGGGCCCUGCUCCUUUGCAAAGAAAUGACGAUACUCCCCACUCUCUUGGUGCUGGCACUACUCAGUUCCCAAGCAAAGCAAAGAAAGAUGCUCUAGGUGCAUCAGAUGGGGGAAGAUUGGUAUCGGAAAAUGUUAUUGAGUUGAUAGACCUUGAUGAUGAUGAUGAUGACAACAGGUAUAUGUUGCCGGGAUUGCAUGGAAAGAAGGCUAUUUCUCAAAUUAAUGUCAAGGAUGAGCAUCCAAGUUCAUCAGAUCCAGCCCAGCAGAAAAGCAUAUUUACGGAAGCACAGAGGAUUGAAAUGGUCAAAAGAAAGUUUCCUUUCCAGUUCCUCUAUUGACUUAUUAAACAUCGAUAAUCUUCCAUUAAGUUCCUGUGGUAUUACAUGUAAAAAGAAAAGUUAAGGUAACCAAAAAAAAAAAAAAAAGUUAAACUUAGGCAGAUAGUUAAAAUUUCUUUUCUUUUCUUUUUUUGGGAAAAAUCCUGGAUUACCCUCUUUCUUUGCCAAGGGAUAUUCACUUCCUUCAGUAAUGUUUCAUAACUUUCCUGCACUUUUUUGCCUCUCUCACACAGUUCCUCUCUCUUCAUCAGUUCUCUCCAUCUCAAUCUUCUGUAGCAGUGGCCCAAUCUCAGCUCUCAGUCCCUCAUCCCUAGCCACCAAAACCUUUUCAACUUUGUCAAAAUCAUCCACACGAUAUUUAAUAUUCCUUAACGCAGGUGGCUCUGUAGCCAAUCUUGUAAGCGGAAGUUUAGAUUAGUUCCUAAUAUAGACAUGUUGGAAUUGUAUAUUAUUGAUAUGGU